AUGUCGGAGCGCACCCGACGGGCACGCCUCCAGCUUCCGGAAGAACGGCCGCUGCUGCAACGGAACCGUGCCAGUCACACCUCUGAGAUUCAAGUUCCUCUCUAUGGCUGCAUGGUCAAUCCUCACAGCCACUUACCAGUAUACACGAAUAUUCACCGUAUACGACGAGACAUCAUCUCCAUUGUUGAAGACUAUUUGAGUUUGGAACAACUUCGUGAUGUGCGUAUCAACAUCGCCGUCGUCCGCCCACUUGUCGACAAAUUGUAUGAGCUCGACGACAUCUCCAUAGUGUAUUGCCUGCUUGUGAACCGUGCUCAGUUCCUAUAUGAGCAAUCUCACUUGAACAAUCGGCAAAAUGUCAAUUACAGUCGCGCAGCUCUAUGCGAGCUGGUGGCAACGCGGAUAUUGAGGCGCUUUAGCGAGGACAAUGAAGGGCCUGAUGGUUUAGUGCUGCUAGCACACAUCCUGGUCGCCGGCUUUGAGCCCUUUCAGAUGGCACCGGCCGGGAUUCGUGAGGCAGCCUCGACGGAGUCCUAUCGCAGCUACAACCGCAUGCUUCCUUCGCUCGAAGUUGCCAUCUUGACUGAGAGUAAAUACUUCCUCAGUGCUACUCCUUGCCAGAAAGUCGUCGAUGCCAUUUACGAAGGCCGUAUUGUCUACACUCCUUCGAGCUUUAUGGACAUUAUUCCAGACCACUACAAACUCAAGCCUAUCUCACUCUACAACCCACGCGAAGGGCCACUACUGGACCAAUAUCGACUGCUUGUGCCUCGUACCAGAAACAUUCUCGAGGUUUUCCAGUUCCUGAUUCUGCUGGCGCUCUAUCUCUUUGUCAUGGCCGAGCGAAAGCCUGAGACUUUCACCGUCUUGGAAGGUUGUUUCGCCGUCUAUGCCUUCGGGUGGUCUCUCGAUCAAUUUGCUACUAUUUUGGAGCAUGGCUGGCACGUUUACACCCAGAAUCUGUGGUCCUUCCUUGAUGUUGGCUUCAUUGGCAUCUAUGUUGUAUACGCGGUACUGCGCAUCCAUGGAGCUCGAGUCGGAGAACUUGUUCCAAAACAACAAGCUCUCGAUGUACUUGCGAUGGGUGCCCCAGUACUGGUCCCGCGUCUUGCCUUCAACUUACUAUCGGAUAAUCUGGUGUUUCUCUCCUUGCGGUCCAUGAUGUCGGACUUUGUCCUUCUCACGUUCUUGUCGGCAUGGUGUUUCGGCGGCUUUCUACUGUCGCUUCUGUGGCUUGGUGAAGGUGCACAUCCUCCAGUCACUAUCAGUCCUGUCCUAAUGGUCGCUUUCGCCUUCCUGGGAAACACUUUGUUCCUCACCAUCCUCGUCUCGAUGCUUUCCAAUACAUUUAGCACGAUCGUUAAGAACGCGACUGCAGAGAUAAUGUUCCGCAAGGCCGUCUUGACCCUAGAAGGAGUCAAGGGUGAUGCCAUUUUUGCGUACCAGCCCCCCUUCAACAUCCUGGCCGUCUUCGUCCUUAUUCCGCUCAAAUUCAUCCUCACCCCACGAUGGUUCCAUAAGAUACAUGUAGCUAGCGUUCGGCUAGUCAACCUUCCGCUACUACUGGUCAUCGCGGUGGCAGAACGCAGAAUCCUUUGGCCAGCGCCGCAGCCGGAGAAGAAACAGUCUAGCAGCCUUACGCUGUACCCGAGGGUCAAGCAAUGGUUCUGGGAGAAGUGGCGCAUAACGGCCCACCGCGACAUAAGAGCCGUGUUCGACCUACCGCCGCCCGAGUCCGUCGAGGAGGAGAUUGCGGUGGACGACGAGCUCACGCACCAUCUCAUCCGGCGACAAUUCACUCGGUCCAUUACAAAUGAUACCAUGCGGAAGAAGUCGCCUCUUAGGAGAGAUUCGAUGUUCCCGGGCGUGUCGUCCAAGUUGCGCGGGUCCUUUACGGGAAGCGAGGACAUGCAAGACGUCAGCAGCAGGUUGGAUUCUCUCGAGCAAACGUCCCUGAGAAUCGAGGCCUUGCUGGCGCGCAUGCUGGACGCCGAGGAUUACUCUGACCGAGGCUUCGGUACUGGGGAGAGCAGCACCCUUCGAAAGAUGUGCGAAGUCUUCAUCUACAAGCACGUCAAGUGCAAAUGCGUCUGGGGCGAGAUCGCCGUGCAAUGCGGCCCCGGCAUGGGCUACACGACAUGCGGACAAUUCGGCAGCGGCAUCGCGAAGAGGCCUCUGCGGCUCCAAAUGGCGGACAAGCGGCCGUGUCCGACGCACGACCUGUACGGGCUUUACGAUCGCAACCAGGCGCGGGUGAUCAAGAAGAUCACGCACGGCAUCAAGAUCGGGGCGGGGCCGAGUAAGCAGGACGCUGGGAUCGAGGUCCCCUGCUGCACUGUCAUGUGA